CAGGGACACGCUGAUUCCUGGCGAAAGUGCAGCGAGGGCACCGUUCUCUGUUCCAGACCAGGCUACGACGACAGAGAAAAUGACCUCUUCCUCUGUGACACCAACACCUGUAAAUUUGACGGGGAGUGCUUAAGGAUUGGAGACACUGUGACUUGCGUCUGUCAGUUCAAGUGCAACAGCGACUACGUGCCGGUGUGCGGCUCCAACGGGGAGAGCUACCAGAACGAGUGCUACCUGCGCCAGGCGGCCUGCAAGCAGCAGAGCGAGAUACUCGUGGCGGCGGAGGGCUCGUGCGCCACCGAUGCAGGAUCCGGAUCUGGAGAUGGAGUCCACGAAGGCUCAGGAGAGACCAGCCAGAAGGAGACGUCCACCUGUGACAUUUGCCAGUUCGGUGCGGAAUGUGACGAAGAUGCCGAGGAUGUCUGGUGUGUGUGCAACAUUGACUGUUCUCAGACCAACUUCAACCCCCUCUGCGCCUCCGACGGGAAGUCCUACGAUAACGCCUGUCAGAUCAAGGAGGCGUCGUGUCAGAAGCAGGAGAAAAUCGAAGUCCUGUCGCUGGGUCGAUGUCAAGACAACACAACUACAACUACUAAAUCUGAAGAUGGACAUUAUGCAAGAACAGAUUACGCAGAGAAUGCUAACAAAUUGGAAGAAAGUGCCCGAGAACACCACAUCCCCUGCCCGGAACAUUACAACGGCUUCUGCAAGCACGGGAAGUGCGAACACUCCAUCAACACGCAGGAGCCAUCCUGCAGGUGUGACGCCGGCUACACGGGCCCGCACUGUGACAAGAAGGACUACAGUGUGCUGUACGUGGUGCCCGGGCCCGUGCGCUUCCAGUACGUGCUCAUCGCGGCCGUGAUCGGGACGGUGCAGAUCGCUGUCAUCUGCGUGGUGGUGCUGUGCAUCACAAGGAAAUGCCCCAGAAGCAACAGAAUUCACAGACAGAAGCAAAACACAGGGCACUACAGUUCGGACAACACAACGAGGGCGUCCACACGGUUGAUCUGAAGGGAGCAUGUCGCACAGUGAGUGGCCGGACCGCCGAGAGCUUGGACUACACAUACAGUAUUCUAGACAAAAGAGUAAGACAAGAGAUCUACACAUGUUGCCUUGCAUUUGUGGUAAUCUACACCAAUGAAAACACGUCCUACAGCUAUAUUUGAUUAUGUAUGGAUAUAUUUGAAAUAGUAUACAUUGUCUUGAUGUUUUUCUGUAAUGUAAAUAAACUAUUUAUAUCACACAAUAUAGUUUUUUCUUUCCCAUGUAUUUGUUAUAUAUAAUAAAUACUCAGUGAUGAGAAAAAA